AUGGUUCAGAUUCAAGAACCUGCUUCAACUGUUAUCAAACUGGUCAUAUUUCACGAGACUGUGGCGAGCCAAAAAGUAAAAUAGCUAGAAGUAGUGUCCUGCAAGUGACGAGUUUCUGAUAACUUUUCAGUCCUGCACUUUUCCCCCUGCAACCUGUUCUGUUCUUUCUGUUAUAAGAAGACAGUGUGGUCAGUGCAAAGCGAAAGAGAGAGAUGAGAAAGCAAGAAAGACUAUGUUGGAUAUGGAUGGGACUAUACCGAUUAGAGUCCUACGAGCCAAACUUUUCUGUUGCCCCGAGCCCGAACAAAAACAUUUUUGUCCCGUCUCGUAAGCCCGUGAGCAAAUAUUGUUGUCCCGAACCCGUCUGUCCCGUGAAAAAAAUUUACGUUGAAAUAACUAUAAGUGUUACAAGAGACGCUUAAAGUCUUAAACUUAUUUUCGCAAAAUCCGCGUGAGAAAAUUUAAGCUUAACUUAUUUGAUUCUAAACUUAAAAGUUACUGUAUAAAAAAGAUGUUUUCACUCACUAUCUAAGAAUCGAAAGGAGAGAACUAUAAAUCGAGUUUUAGAUAUGAAAUAUCUUCUCAAGUCCGAGUCAUUUCGUAGCGGCUUCCGGUCAGUCAAGAUAUUCUUGCCAUUUUUUUCUACUUUCUUAUGUACACUGACUGCUUUGCAUACAUUCCCUCUUGUAUAAAUUUGGGUAUUUCUGAAUACUCUUUCUUGUGUUAUUUUAAUCGUUAUGUCAAAGUUGUUGUGUCAAAGACGCCUUCGUCAGACAAAGGUAGAAUAAUUUUGAAGAACAUAUAAUUAAUUAGAGUAUAUAUAUAUAUAUACCCCUGGAAAGCAAAAGCUGGAUUCAGUAUUUAAGCUCUUUUGAUACCAUAAAAGGAUGUUUUGAGAAUAGUGAACAUACCAUUAGAUAGCGCGUGAAAUUCUGUACAAAACUGUGUAUUUCGAUUUUAUCUUGACUUCAUAUAUUGAAAAAUAAAUCGAGUGAAAUGAAGAU